AUGCUCCUGUUAUCAAUUCUGCUGCUCAUGUUCCAAGUCAAAGGCGUACAUUUUGAAUGUGGUAAAAGACCAAUUUUUGAAGAAGGAGCUCAGUAUUCCAAAAUCAUAGGGGGGAUGGAGGCUGAGGUGGGUGAGUUCCCGUGGCAGGUGAGUAUUCAGGCAAGAAAUGAACAUUUCUGUGGCGGCUCAAUCAUCAACAAGUGGUGGAUUGUCACUGCUGCUCACUGUUUAAUUUUUGAAGAGCUACUUCCAACAGACUUGAGCGUUGUGUUGGGAAGCAAUGACUUAAGCAGCUCACCCCUGGAAAUAAAGGGGGUUACCAGCAUAGUUCUUCACAAGGAAUUUCGAAGACUCAACAUGGACAAUGAUAUCGCCUUGCUGCUCUUGGACUCACCCAUCAGGUUCAAUGGACUGACAGAGCCCAUCUGCAUACCCGGAAAGCCCAGCCCUUCUGUGUGGCACAAAUGCUGGGUGGCAGGAUGGGGUCAGACCAACAGUGAUGAUAAAAGCUCUGUGAAAACUGAUCUGAUGAAAGUGCCAAUGAUCAUCAUGGAUUGGGAGAAAUGCUCAGAAGCAUUUCCAAAACUUACCAAGAAUAUGCUGUGUGCUGGCUAUCAGAAUGAGAGUUUUGAUGCUUGCCAGGGUGACAGUGGGGGCCCUCUGGUCUGCACCACAGAGUCGGACAAGACCUGGUAUCAGGUGGGCAUUAUCAGCUGGGGCAAGAGCUGUGGACAGAAAAACACACCAGGAAUAUACACCUUGUUAGAAAAUUACAACCUCUGGAUUAAGAAAGUGACUGAGAUAGAGGGAAGGCCCUUUGAUGCUGAGGAAAUGAAAGCUCCUCCCAAUAGGAAACAAAUGAGGUCCCAUGCUGCAGAAUUUCCAGAGCCAGGAAGCCCCAGAUUCUGGAUCCUGAUUUCACUUCUGUCCUACGUGAUAUGCUGGGACAUUUUCUACUGA